CUACCAGCUUGUCGCGCACUCAGCUUGUAAUACCGCCGACACCGAUACGCUUUUGUUUUCCAAACUAUAAACAGAACGAACUGUUUUCGAAAUGGACAAGAGGCAGAUCAUUGGCAGCGCCACCCGCUACAUCGCCGGAAGGAACGCUGUGCAGACGGUGUACUGGAGGAACUCCGAAAACGGCAAGGGCUUGGUGAAAACAUCCAGAAUGACUUUCUUCGGCAAGAACGAAGGCGCCAACAAAGUCGACACCGCAGAAAUGUUCGCGAGGGUGCGGGAGAGAUACAAUUAGCCGAAUUGAUAUUCAAUUAUCAUCCCAGACUGUGAUAUAGUUUGUAAGUCGAGAAUGUAUUGUUAAUUUUUCUUAUUUAAUUGAGCGCCCAGUGUUUUCGGUGUGUUUUAGAAGUAAUUGUGAGUAACACGUGACAUUUUUUUUUAAAUAAAUCACCGAUUAGUUCAAAUUUACUAAAUAACAUAUUUGAAUAAUGAAAUAAAAAAAG